UUAAAUUGUGUUAUUCUUUUGGAAAAUACUGUUUUUCUAGCAAUUUUCCACCUUCUUUUAGCUAGCAUCCCAUGACAAUUGGGACUUUUGCUUUCCGGUGACUUAAAUUGCAAAAGAUUUGUGAAAAUCAAGAUUGUUUCGGAAAACAGCGCCCAACAACGAAACGAAAACUUUCAGAACGGCCAUCUUAUCGUCCAUCAAACAAAAGUUGAAAAACAUCAGCCGAAAUGAAAGGACAUUACACCUGGGAUUUCAAAUUUUCCACAACUAGAACAAGGAGUAGCGGCCGGUUUGGAGUGGCAACUUCAAGAAUUGACAUUGUGCCCAAUGGCGUGGAGUGAUGUGAAAGGGAAAAACGAAGGAAAAUCAGUGAAAUUGGUCUACAAAUAUAUAUGUAGCUUGCGAUAAAAAAAAACAAUUUCCGUUACAGCAGUUGAAAGUGGAAGCAUUGUGCCAAAAACUAUUGAGAAAAAGUUUAUCGUUUCGAAUUUUUAGGUUUUUUUUUCCGGGUAGUUGUGCUUUUUUUUUGUUCACUAACGAAAGGAUCGGAAAAGUUCUCGUCGUUUUUUCCGAGAGCAAGAAAGGGAGAGAGAAUUUAUUGCAUGGAAAUGAAUAAUUUAUUGACGGACUAGUGGUACCAGCAGCGGGGUCUUCUGGUGUAGUAAGGAUGUAGCAAAUACACAUAUAAUAAGAGACAGUGCUGUGAGAAUUUCCCGAAAAUUGAGUAUGAUUCUACUGAAAAUGCUAGUGCAAUUUGUGGUAGAUGUGAAUCUGCAGUUACCCGUGCAAGUACAGUUCGAAUUAUCAAAGUAACGUUCCAACCAACACUGACAAUGCCUUCGUUAUCUUCAUUACAUGCACCGCCAAAAUACAGCAGCGCCAUGGUGGAAUUUCUGUGAUAAUUAGGCUCCAGAGAACGGCUUUGCCGACAAUUUUCAGACAAAAAACUUACGGAAAAUGGCGCAAUGCUACUUGGUCCUUUUGGUUCUCGUUUUGUAUUUGGGUUCGUUAGAGGGAGCGUCCAAGAGAUUUUUCACAGACUUUCUACAAGAACUCCCAACCCCCGGGACAGGAGGGCCGUCGUUUGAUACUACUGUACAGUCGAAUAUCACCGGACUGGUUGGGAAGACUGUAAAAUUAGUGUGCCGAGUGAAGAACUUGGGGAACAGAACGGUUUCUUGGGUGAGACAUCGAGACAUUCACCUCUUAACAGUGGGGCGAUACACCUAUACAUCGGAUCAAAGGUUUGAAGCAAUGCACUCCCCACAUGCUGAAGAUUGGACGUUACGUAUCCGCUAUGCGCAGCGAAAGGAUUCGGGCAUCUAUGAAUGUCAAAUAUCAACGACACCGCCUAUAGGUCAUUCCGUCUAUUUAAAUGUUGUCGAGCCCGUUACUGAAAUAAUUGGAGGACCAGAACUUUAUAUAAAUAAAGGAUCAACAAUAAAUUUAACGUGUAUAGUAAAAUUUGCCCCUGAGCCUCCGCCUUCGGUCGUCUGGUCACAUAAUCAGCAGGUUAUAAAUUUCGAUUCACCGAGAGGAGGGAUAUCGUUAGUAACAGAAAAGGGCGUCCUGACGACGAGUCGCCUACUUGUGCAGAAAGCGAUACAUCCGGACUCUGGAUUGUACACGUGUGCGCCAUCAAAUGCCAAUCCUUCGUCGAUUCGAGUUCACAUAGUUGACGGAGAGCAUCCAGCAGCUAUGCACCAUGGUUCAUCCAAGCGAUGUACAGCUCCCUCCCAUACAACCAUUUUCAUUCUAUUCUCCCUGACAAUUACAUUACCCUAUCUAUAUCAGAGGAUGCGAUGGAAAAACCUCGCCACCCCCACGUCAAUGCCUGACACGUAGCCACUAGUCUAUAAUUUUUAGGAUAAUAAUAGUAACUUUAAUUAAUAAAAUACCCAACUAAAUAGAAUUACGAAUAUCCUCCACUCACUUUCUAAAAUUAAGAUGACAAAACGUUUUUCUAAUUUGGUGAAAUUAAAUGUGAAUUAAGAGAAGUAUCUUUGUAAUAUUUUCGAGUUAAAUAACUGAAGGAGUGUCACACCUUAAAUCGGGGAUCUUAUCAAGAAUGGAGCGAAAGGAACGUCUUUCGGUUCCACACUUAAAAAUAGAAUAUAUCCAAUGUUUUAUUCGAGCCACUGUACAUAUUGUCUACUAGUUACACCCAAAACCAAUACCGAAAAUUUACUCAAUAUAAAAUGGCGAUGGUGACUCAGAUGUAAAAAAGGACUUAAAAGGAUAAUUAAGUGAUCAAAUGUGUAACGAAAAAUGUAAAAUUUAAGUGAUGUAAGUACACAAGUAAAACUACAUUUCAGAAAGAAAAAUAAAUAAUUUAUGAAUAAAAAGGAAUAAAUUAAGGUCUGCGAAUAUGGGAGUAUAUCCUACAACGUGGGACAGUCUAAGUUUCCUUUGAAUUUUAGGUAAACGAAUUUAUGAUUAGUGAACAUUUUUUGUAUAUCAUAUAUACAAGUAACACUGAGAGGGAGUAAAUAAAACCAAAAUAAUAAUAAAUAAAUUACGAUUGUUAUUAAAGAAUAAUCGGUAUGUGAGAUACAUACAAAACCCACGAAGUAAAUCUUUUCCAAAUUCAUCCAAAUUGUUGUAAAAUCAGGAUUCGAACUAAAAUCAAACAUUUCAUCCAGGAAUUUACACCAAUUCAAGAUAAAUAUUUGAAUUAAUAAAAUUAAAACAAAAAAAAAUCACAAUUGGGAGCUAAUAACAACUUUAGAGUAAAAGAAGAUACGCAAAGGCCGAACAAAAAGUGAUUAAACUAUAAAGUAUCUUUUUCUGUUGUUAGAUUUGUCACAGAUUAUAUUAUUUUUGAACAGGGGAAAGAAUCCCACAAAGAAGAUACGGUUGGAGCUGGUGUAUGUAAAACAUAUGGAGCCAGUCUAAGGUAAAAUGAAAUGAAAUAAGAAAUGUUUUUAAUUGAAUUAUAAAGUGAAGUACUAAAAAGUAAUAAAUUUAAUGGACAAAUUGAAA